AUGUCGCCGACUUCCCAGGCCUACUGGACCGAUGAGCGUGUAUACGAGACAGUCACGUCCGCAUAUGUCCAUGCUCAGCUACGGCCUGAAGAGCAGGCUCUACUUCAGCGUCCGUUGUAUUUCGGUGCUGGCUUGACGGAUGAUACCUAUCUCGACUGGAUCCUGACUCGAGCGCGGCGUUUCUUUCUGAUAUUGGUGCAGACUGGAGUUCCGGAUCAAAUUUUUGGUGUGGUUGAUGACUCUUACGACGAUGACGAUCUUCCCAUUGCAGAGCAUGCCGUACCCAACCUUCGCUUGUCCUACGAACCUGAUCGCUCCUUGGACAAGCGCUUCUAUAAAACUCAGUUUCGCUUGUUGAGUCGUAUAGUCGACGAAGGGGAACACAUCAGAUAUGCGGACGAAGAGAACGUCCCUGUCACUGCCCUCAGUUUGAAAGCUGCUGUUAUAUCCUUCAGCCAGGAAGGCACCGACAAAGUCCGACUCCCCACAAAAUCAUCCACCGUCUUCCUUCGUCGCCGCAUUCACAUUGAGCCUAAGGUCACCGAGGCUGCUAUCCUCAAUGAGAUUGCAACAAGUAGAAGGUUACACCAUGAGCAUAUCAUCUCGGUCUUCGCCUCCUACACACACCAAGGCAACUUCUACGUGCUCUCUCUACCGGCGCCAGACUGGAAUUUGAAAGGCUUUCUGUCAGACCCUCCAAAAUCGUUCACCGGUCUGUCCAAGGCAGAACGUCGUCGCAUUCUUGUCAAUUGGCCUCACUGCCUCGCAAACGCCUUGUCAUGGCUGCACAGCAACGGACAAUAUCACGGAGCCAUCAGACCAUCAAACAUCCAUAUCUCGGAUUCCUUCCAGAUCUGUCUGGGCUACCUAGAAGGUGAUGGUUAUCUUUGCGAUCGCGUUCGGUCAGAUGAUAUCGAAGCAUAUCAGUACGGCCCUCCUGAAAGAUGGAAAAGGGCUAUUACGGUUCGCUCUACAGGUGCUGCGGCAGUAUCGCUUCCGUCGGGCGGCCGUACAGCUCGACGGAUUGGUGGUAAAGAUACUGGAACUUCUUCAAGCGGCAGGACCAGCGCCAGGAGCAGAACAGACUCGAUCAGGCCAGCCUAUAGCUUUCAGCCUGCGUCGAGGGGGGACUAUGCAAAACUGCGUCUGAGUGCAACCAUGCGGACUGGCGGUCUGCUACAACCAACCAGUCGCGGGCGGCCUCUUCAAACACCUUCAGACAGCCACUCCAUUGCCACUCUGGAGACAACACGUCCUGCUACGUCCGUGUCAACUCCAAGACGAGCCCCAUCAAUUCUCUCAUCGAAGUCAUCCAAUAGCAACAACCUCUCUUCCAUCUUCAGCGGCCAGAAUAUGUUUGUCGCCAACCCUGAAGCUCGCAGUGCCGUGGUGCAAACAUGGCAGUCAAUGGAGGACGAUAUGUUUGCAUCUGAUGUCUUUUCACUUGGGGCAGUGAUUCUAGACAUCGUCACAGUGCUGUGUAAACGUAGCUAUAACGCGUUUUCCCGCCAUCGCUCUUCUAAAAAUCGAGUCGCCGGACGCGGCGGAGGUUUGGCGGAUGCUAGUUUCCAUGCAAACCUGGGGCAAGUCUUUACGUGGGCGCAUUCUUUGCAGAAUGAAGCUGAAAAGAAGGCGAAAAAGGAUGACAGUCUGAGCUUCCAUGCCGUUGGUCCGAUCGUGCAACUGACACUCCAAUGCCUGGCCAGGGACCCUCCCGCAAGAACUUCAAGUGACGAGCUGGAAAGGAAGCUGACUGAGCACAUCUGUCGUUCUGCGAAUAUGACCCACCUUCAUUGUAAGAGCGAACUCAUCAACGAGAAAGUCGAGCGGAGGGGUAGUGCGCAGCGUUCACCAGAGAGGUCGGCAAGUGUGACGCGCAGCGAAAGCAGGUCGACGGAGCGUCUGCGUCAGGCCUCGACAAAUUUACGUGCCCUGACCGCUGAACGACAGCAACCUCAACAGCCAGAGCAACGACGGCUGCCGCCAGCCCAAGAUAUCGUCCGAGCCACGCAGAUACUACAGCCACCGUUUCUUCAUAUUCCGAGAAGCGCACCGACUACUCCUGCAACAACAUCAGCCAGUUCUCUAGCGUCCUUCAAUUUCGAUGCCCUCUCGGAUACCGUUGUGGCUGACAGUCCACACUCCCGAGAGCAGUCGGUGCGCCGCCAGUCGAGUCGCCGGAACGAUAUGCGUCUUCAGCAGCAUGGUGGGUGGCCGAACGAACAAGAUGGCCCGGAGCAUCCGUCGUAUACGUGGCAAAGAAAGGACAGUCAGGUGGAUCCUCAUCUGACAUUUGAUGAAUCGGUCGACACAGGGGCGUUUACAUACAUGAACUACAGCACCAGCGCAUCAUCCGAAGAAGGCGUCAAGUAUUUUCCACCUCGCUCGCAGACAGGGCCUCCUAUUAAAGCUCCACCAGAUCGAGCGCUACCGCCAGUACCACCCAUCCCUCCUGAAAGCAUACCUAGCAGUAAGCCAUCACGGCGCCCAAAAGCCGGUCGUGACGAGGGCGAAAAGCGAAGACCUCCGUCUGGCACAACUAGAGGGAGAUAUCCCCUUCGACAAGACAGUCUUCCUAUGACGAUGGAUGAGGUAGAUGAAUAUCAUGAACUGCUACGUCUCACCAGAGCCUUGGGCAUCAAGAGAGUCUCAGCUCGCAGUCGAUCCCGACAGCAGACAGAGCCUACUGAUGCAUGGUAG